AUGGAAGCAGGGAAAGAGAACUUCGCUCCAGAGGACAGUCUCAAGGGUCCCUCUGAGGGUGAGAGGAAAGGGCUGAGGGUGACCUUGACUCCUCCCUCCCUGAUGAUCAGGGGCAUCAUCCUCUACCCGCAGCUGCCUUGGAUCACUGCUCAGGCCGGCACAGGGCUCAGAUCGCUCGUUACCUUGCUCUCGGCUUCAGUCACUACUAUCACCAGCCUGUCUACCUCAGCCAUCUCCGCCAAUGGCAAAGUCAAGGCUGGUGGUACCUACUUCCUUGUCUUGCACAGCUUGGGUCUGGAGCUUGGCAGUUCCAUUGGAAUAUUUGCUUUCUCCUAUGCAGUAGCUGUGGCUGUGCAUACAGUGGGCUUCACAGAGACCCUUUUGGACCUGUUCUGGGAGCAUGGGGUGCAGCUACCAAACAUGGAUCCUGAAAAUGAGUUUCGGGUGGUGGGCCUGGUGACCUGACUAUCCUUGUGGGCGUUGGCACUGGCAGGCGUGGAGUGGAAGUCCAAGGCCCAGAUUAUCUUCUUCUUCCUGAUCUUCCUUUCUCUUAUCAACUACCUGCUGGGGAUCCUCCCCACAAACCCCAGCCAACAAGCCACUGGCUUCUUUGGGUACCAAGGCUACAUCCCUGAGCAGGACCUGAAGACAAACCAAAAGCAGGUAGAUAUACAGGAACAGGGCCAUUAA